UCCUGGCGGAGGCGUAAAGCCGUCUUCGGGAGAGCUCCCACCCCGCCCCCGGCCCGCUUUCUUUCGCAGCCCCUUGCUCCGGCCUCCCGGCCCCGAUGAGGCCCCGGUCCCUACUCGCGCAGACCUGCCUGAGCUCCUGGGGGGCAAAAGAGUGAGGCGGGAAGGACGGCGGCGCCGAAGAAGCUCGCGCUGCCCAGAGCACCACGACGGACAGCCUCGGCGGCGUGGCGGCGGCUGCAGCCACGCUGGAGGUUGGCGAAGGACAAGCAGCCCGCCGGGCAAGGAGCUGCUAGUAAGUCGCAGAGGAAAGGCGACCCGCUGCAGUAGCAGCGGCAGCAAUAGCAAUGCCGCGUCCCCGAGAAGGUUGAAUGGACGAGAUGCAGCCGCACAGGAAAGGCCUUACAAUCAUGAGACGAAUCUUACUUGUGUUUCUCCUGGCUGCUGGAGUGAUGUAUGUUAUACUGCACUGCACGAUCUGGAGGACAAACAGCUACUGGAUUUCCCUAAGAGAAAUCUUCAAGAAAAGUGAGGAAAAGUUCUAUAGAAUGUUGCCUCCAACAGAUUCAGCCAGAAAAGAACAAGUAAUAGACUGCACUUCGAAAUCCAGUAUUUCAACCUCAAUUAAGAUAGAGAAAUCCUAUCCCUUCCUAUGCUGCCAUAAUUUUCUGCAAGUUUCCCAACUUCAUGAAAGUCACAAUCUUGAAUUACCCUAUGGAAUAAAGAAAGCAGAAAGGUAUUUUCAGAUGGCACUUUCAAAACUGAAUAACUGUGGGCUCUUUGCUGAAGAUGAUGGCAGUUCAUCCUGUAAAAAAUGUGUCGUCGUUGGUAAUGGAGGGGUCCUUCGAAACAGGAGUCUGGGGGAGACGAUUGAUUCUUAUGAUGUGAUAAUCAGAAUGAAUAAUGGACCUGUUCUGGGCUAUGAAGAAGAUGUUGGAAGGAGGACAACCUUCCGGCUUUUCUAUCCAGAGUCUGUUUUUUCAGAUCCAAUUCACUAUGACCCUAACACAACUGCUGUUCUUGUUGUCUUCAAGCCCCAUGACUUAAAAUGGCUUUGGGAUCUGUUAAGUGGCCAGCAUGUAAUUAAAACCUAUGCCUUUUGGAAGAAACCAGCAAUGCAAAUGAUUUACAAGGCCAACCAAAUUAGAAUUCUGGAUCCUGCCAUUACCAGAAGGACAGCAUACGAUUUGCUUCAUUUGCCCACAAAGUUCUCCCAAAAGGAAAGACCCAAACAUCCCACAACAGGAUUAAUUGCCAUAACGUUUGCAUUUAAUGUAUGCAGCGAAGUUCACUUGGCAGGCUUUAAGUAUAAUCUUGAGAAUCAAAAUAGUUCUUUGCACUAUUAUGGCAAUGAGACCAUGUCUCUGAUGACUCAGAAUGCAUACCAUGACAUUGCUGCAGAGCAGAAAUUUUUGAAGGAACUUACAGACAAUGGAAUUGUGAUCAAUCUCUCAGAAGAGUAAAAAUGGUCAAAAUCACUACUUUCCACAAAUUGGAUUUCUGGAAGAUGUCGGCUUUUAUAUGGACUCUUGUUAAUAUUUUGAAGUAUUUAUAGCUAUCUGCCAAGAUAUUUUUAAAAAGGCAUGUGAGAACUAUUCUGUGCAUAAUGACUCAAAAGGGAUAGAUUGUUUCUGCCUUAACUGUCAAUAUUUGACCAUCAAGCCAUCCAUAGCUAACUCUUGUUCAUGUGUAUCUAUUUAACAGUGAAAGCAAUAUUGGAGAUGUAUAAAAAUGAUACUCUGUCCGGGCAUGGCAUGGCAUGGCAUGACAUGACAUCUCAUUGCAUCUCACUGUGGACUAAUUUAUCUACAGAAGCUGUUGUACCAUCUGCCUGGCUUGCUGUGUUUUGUGGUGUCAUGUGAACCCAAGUGGUAGAGGUUGUUUGAAGGUUAGGCAACCAUCAAAUAACCUAAUCCUUGUUAUUCUUGAAUGAUAACAUGACAUCCUAUGACAAGCUGGGAACCAUGCAACCACCUCCACAGGUAAAUUAAUCCAUGGUGAGCUGUCACAGCAUGUGAAUUAAUCCUCUGCCUAUUAACAAGAAAACAGUUUACAAUAUCCAGUUCUACCCCCCCCACACACACACACUUUCUAAAUCUUUAUCUUUUCCCCUACAUAAUCACUUAGCACCUAGACUUUCAGAGGCAUAGAUUCAAAGAUUGACCAUAAUUGAGAAAGUAAGCUAUUGGAGAGAAAUUAAAGCACAGUGGGAUUAUAAAUGGGGCCAAGUUCAGUGCCUGGAUGCUAGCACUGUGUUGUCAAUCCAGUUUAGUUUAAGGUUUUAAAUAUUGGUGUUAUCAAGAAGCUAGUGCAAGCAUGGAUGAAGGAGACACAGUUGUGACAGUGCAGAUAAAACAAAACACUGUAUUGUUUAUUGUAUGCCAAGCAUGUGAGUAACAUGGAAAAUCUGAUACUGGCCAUCCAAGUUUUCCAUUGAUAUGGUCAGAAGUUCAUUGGAAAAGGAAGCCAAGUCUCUUUUUAAAUAAUGGACAGUAGAUGAAACAAAAGCAGUUGUUCUUGGCUGAAACUCCAGCAUCACAUAAUAAUAAUAAAGACGUUUUUCUAGGCAAGUUAAUUUGGAUACCUCCAAGAUGUUGCAGUGGAUGCUUAAAACACAAUACAGAGGCUGCUGGCAGAUCUUCAGAAUGUUUCCAGAGCUGAAGGUGUUUUAAAGAGUCAGCACUUCAUGAGGACUCAAUCUUGUAGUCCAAAAGCUAAGAAGCUUUUGGUACAUUGUGCAAAUAAAUGAAACCUCUUUUUGUUUCUUUUUUUAAUUUCUUGUUUUGUUAUUUUUUAAUUACAAUGUUGAGAUACCUGCCUGUGAGGAAAGGAAAACUGAUAGGCAACAAUUUCUUUAAAGGAUUCACUGUGGUGGAGAUUUUGUCUUCAUUGCCUUAAUCCAAGUCUAUUCAAACAUUUCAAUAGAAUCUCAGUGUAAAAAACAGCACUGAUUAUGGGCUUCCAUAAUGGAUCUCCCAUUCACUUAACAGCUUGACAGCCAAGAAAAGAAACUGGGCAGCCUUUGAUCAUGGCUGUCUGUGUUCAGGCUGUCUGUGUUCAGGUUUCUGGUGCAGGUCUCAACUGCCAUACAAUCUAAUGGAAGAGGCAGCCAGAUUGCUCCAUCAUGGUAUGGGCAAGUUGGGACAGGGUGGAGGACCUUUUGGACAUUUUCCCAUGCAAAAAGGAGAGGGGAACAUUUACCAUCCUUAUGGGUGUUGUAGCGGAUGUUACCAAUUUUUUCUCUUGGUUUAUAUUACUUAUCCUUGAAAUGUAUAGAAUAUGCACCAGUGCUCAGCAGAAGCUUUUUUCUUACAUGUGGAGAUAAAAUGGCAGCCAGAGGUUCAUCUGCUUACAUCUUUGAGUUAGGCUGCUGUGCAAGUGCAGAGUCAGUAAAAGCAGAUGGCAGUGCUAGAGCUGAUGAGCCAUGCAGCUCUUCCAGGAACAAAUCAGUAAGUGCCAACAGAAAUCUAGCAUCGUUACAUGGACGGUCUGUUCCAAAACUAUUUAAGCCAAAGAUCACAAUGUUUCUUCCCAAGGAAGAUACUAAGUUUCUAGGUCUAUUUGUUUCAAUUUUAACCCUGGUUUUCUAGUUAAACAGAGCACUUUUUGUAAAGCAUCUAAUGUUUCUUAAUCUGUCAAUUUGCUUGAUAUUCUUUGAUACACUAGUUGUCUUUUUGGCAUUGUUGUAUAUAUUCUAAGGGAUUUUCUCUCCUGAAUGCUUUUGUCUUGUUUUGUUGUGCUGAUGGUUUUAUUGCUAUGGUUUAAUGGACAGGAACUGAUGAUUUGAAAAUGUGACAAUGCAAUUAUAUGUCUUGCAGUAUUGAUUCCUUUUCUCUGCUGAAAGAAAGGCCAUUUUAUACCAUGAUAUCACAUGUAUCUAUUAGUCUGGUCCCAUUUGAACCCAAGGUGUGCCAAGGAAGAAAAGGUCUAGGCUAACAAUGUAUAUGUGUGUCAGCUGGUCAAAAGGAGAAUGGAAGCAAUCAUGUAGAGAUACCUGUACUCUCCACUGAUAGGUACCUGGCAUAGCCAUUCUUACUUAUAAACAUCAAACAAACAACAAAAACCAAACAUUUUAUAUAUAGCCACAAAUAAACACAUGGAUCACCUUGAUUUGCCUUUCAAAAACACUAGUGCUAUACAGUUAACAGAUUUAUUUUUUAAAAUAUAUAGCCCUCUGGAGUCUACAGUCACAUUGUUUAUUCACAGGAGGGCACUGUGGUUUGAUGUAAUACAGAACAGUCUUCUGUACCUUAAAAUGGCAUGUAGCAGAUGGAGUUUCAUCAGAUGUAGCUGGCCUGUGAAGAUGUACCUGCUGAAAGUUCCUCUAUUGUGGAGGAAUCCAUUUCUCUUUUGCCUCCCCUAACCCAUUUCCCUCCAGAUAGAUUAGUUUACAAGUCAAAGAAUUCCUGACCCCAUUGGCCAUACUGUUUUGGACUAAUGAGAAAUAAAGUCCAAAACAUCUGGAGAGCACCAGGCUGGGGAAGGUGAGUAGAGCAUGAAUGUAGGACUUUAAUUCCUCCAGAUUUCUUCCCUUUAUACUCCAUGUGGAGCACUGCUGCGGUGCAUUGUUUCAUGAUUUGUGUAAUUCACCGCAGAACUACAUCCUGUUAUAUAAGCAAGGAGUAUUAUACCUAGUGUGUACUUUUGUUAGAAUCCAAGUAUUUUCAAAGAGUGAAGUCCUUUGGCUUUGCCAGUUUCUACAUUGGAACCUUAAGACAGUAGAUUCAACUGGACUAUUCUUGAAAGCAGAGACAUGUUCGUUCAGUUACUUUUUGGAAUACUGGAACAUGAGGAUGGCUCAGAUAUACAAUCUUGAAUUCUUUUUAGUUUUCUGGCUCUGAGGUAUUAAUAUUGCUUUCUGAAUAUCAAGCAAUGGACACAUUAUUACCUGACACAAACUAAUCCUACUUUGGAGAGAAAAAUGAAGUAGUGUGAUUGUUACAGUAUCUUAGAUUUUUAAAUGCCUAGUCUAGUCCUAUUGUAUGGUCCAAGCCAUCUUAACAUUCUAAAAAUUUAAACUAUAGUUGUUUUAUAUUUUUUAUAUUUUUGUGGGGAAGAAAUUCUUGCUUUGGAAAAUGGAACUAUUCCUAGCUUUUCAACUAUUUUUUGUUUGUUGUUUUUUAUGUCUAUGUAUUCCUACUUUGAUGCCCAUGGUAGCCAUGUGUUUAAACUGAAAUUCUAAUAUGAAUAUGAAGAGACUUAUUUUUGUUAUAAUAAAUGUUAAAAUUCUA